CUUCCCGCUUUAGUAUAGAAAAUGCAUAUGCGUAAAACGGAACGCACCUUAGCUUUACUAGAGAAAACUAUGAAAACGAACGUAGCCAUAUUUUAACUUGUGAUACGGGUUAUGUUAGAUGUGUACGCUAUGUAAAUUUGGCGGUAUCUUAAAACUUCAAGAGUUACAAAACUUAUAAAUUUAUUUAUUACUUUUCGAUUAGUCGAUUAGUAUAAUGUGAAUUUAAUAAAAAAUGAUUGUCAAAUUUGAAAAGAUAAUAAGCUGUUCCUCGGAACAUGCUAUGUAUCCUGCUGCCAAUCUUCUACAAUGUAAUUCAGAAAAUUGGAAGGCCACAUGGCGGUGCGCCAAACCAGGAGAAAUGUUGGCCCAUGUGAUAUUUCAACUUGUUGAACCCUCUUACAUCACAGGAGUUGAUAUUGGCAAUUUUCAGAGUUGCGUGGUAAUUGUCACUGGAUCUACAUCAUCUGAACCUGACAAUUGGAUACUUAUAGUGAAUCACAAGUUUAUGACAAAUGAUGAAGCUGCAAACAAUAAGUUUAAGGAUCAAGUACAAUUAUUUACGAAAAGAGAAUUGAAUCCAGAUACUUUGAAAAUUAAAUUUGAUCGAAUCAAAGUCACUUGUAUGCAAUCGGCAAAUUUAAAAGUUUUAUUUGGACUAUCAUAUAUCAUUUUAAGAUCAGAUCCAACAGUUGAUUUAGGUUUAGAUGUAUUUGGCAAAUUCAAAUUGAAACAACCACAUGUCAUUAAGACACCGAUGGAAAUGAUGAAAGAGAGAAUUCUCAACAAAAUGGAAAAUAAAAAGACAGAUUAUAAGGAAGAGAUACAAGAACAAAUAAAAAAGAACUCGAUGGACAAUUUUGCUAAAUGUCAAGAAAAGCAAAAACCUAUGAAGAGACCAUUAUUAGAAAAGUUAGAGACUGGAAAAGCUGAUGAAGUUUUUGGAAAAAAUGAUAAGACUCAGUUACAAGAUUUUAAAACGAAUAAAACGCCUAUUAAAAAUAUCAAAAAUGUAUCAAAUGAUAAAACAGUUGUUACAACUCCUUUUGGAGACGUUGUACCUAUGACGACCAUUAAUACUGACAAAAAUGAUACAAAAGAUGCUUCUCAGGAUUCUCAUAAGAAACGUCCUUUAAAUAAAUUAGAGGACUUAUUAAACACACAAUAUUGCGAAAAGAAAAAACAGAAAUGCUCCAAUUGUUGCAAGAAUUCUCAAGAUCAGCUGUGUAAAACUUGUCAACGAUUACCUCAGUGUACAACUAUUGAAAAUACUAAUUUGAAACCAACUGUUUUUAUAAAACCAAAAAAACGAUUUAAAGAAUUGUUCAGUGGUACAACAUUCUCCCUCAGUGGAUAUGUUAAUCCACAGAGAGAUGAAAUUAGAAGAAAAGCUCUUAGUAUGGGUGCCAGAUACAUACCUGAUCCAAAUACAACUAAUAAAAAAUGUACUUAUUUGAUCUGUGCUUUUAAAAAUACACCAAAAUAUCAGCAAUUCAAAGAUCAUACAAAAAUUGUCUCUCAUGUCUUUAUCGAGGAGUGUUUUGAUAAAAAGAUAAGGUUUCCUUGGAGGCGAUAUGCUUUAGAUCAAAAGAAUAAAUUGCAAGCUGAAAGUGAAGAAGAAAUCGAUGGUAAUCAAUCGGAAUCUAUAUAUGAUAUGGAUACUGAUGCUGAUUCCGAUUAUUAAUUUUUUAAUUCUACUAUAUUUGACUUCUUUUUCAACAUAGUUAUAUUUCGAUAAUUGUUACUAAAGUAUUUAAUUAAAUAUAUUUUAUGUAUACA